AUGUUUAUAAUGAUUUGUGAAUUUCUCGAAUGGCAAUUCCCCCUGGCCCUAUUCGCCGUCCGCAACGUCUUCCCGGUGACGUAUACCGUCGUGAUUCUGAAUUCUGUGACGAUCGUCGUCACGAAUAAACGAGUCCGUGACGCCUACCUAGCGACGUGCCGAUUCUGGAAGAAACGUGUCGAGGAUGCGAAGAAUAGUUCGGAGUCACGACAGCAUACGACGCUGCCACCGACGCCCCAGAUUUCCCCCAAAUUUGGGGCGAAAGUCGCCGUUUUUUAG